AUGGAACAAGCUGUGGCGAUACCAGAGAUCUUAGAGUGUGUCUUCAACUAUGUUGAAACAGACUAUCUGGCGUUGUGGGCAGCUCUGCAGGUCAACAAGCUGUGGUUUGAUUGUGCAACAGAUUCCUUAUGGAAGCGUGCCUCCAUCAUCGACCUCGCUGAUGUUCCUAAGGAUCGUCAACAGAUAUAUGCAGCCAAGAUAGAGGACGCCAAGAUUAGCCGGUCGGAAGAGGAUCUUCACAGGGCUUUUAAAGAUCUAAGCUUUGAUAAACUGGUGGUCGUGGAGAUAGACUCUAAUUGGGAGAAGGAAGUGCCUCUCCAACAGUAUUUCCGGCCAAGACUCGAAACCCUGUGCUUCAACUGUGGAGUAUUGACGGGAGAGACAUUGUCACAUAUACAAGCUACAUGCUGGCAUCUGAAGGACAUCUCUAUUUCAUGUCCUGGCCCUCAGGUAACCUCUGAAAUGAUGGUCGACUUCAUCUCAGGAUGCAACUCGCUUGAGUCCGUCAGCUUGAGCUCUGAAACCAGCCAUCUGACCUCAAACCAACUCCUUCACCAUUUCGCCAGCCGCCCAAACCUGACAAAACUGUCAUUUGAUAGGUCUUUUGAACCCGCACUCAUCUCAGAGAUCGCAGAGGCCACUUCUGGCCAUCCCUUUCCCGCUCUUCGUUCGCUUAGCAUCACAAGACCUCUGCCAUCCGCGUCUGGGGUGCUGCUUGCCGGGCUGCUCCCACAAAUCCAAAUCAUCGAUUUGAGCUUCAAAGAUAGUGAUAAUGACGUUCUUGGCUCCACCGCAUCAAUCCGGGACUUGCGCCAUAUGAAUUUCUUAUUCUAUAAUGAGCCGACAUUUUCUGCAGGACAGCUGUUGUCGCUCAAAUCACAUCGCAAUUUGGAGUCACUCAAUCUCAGGCCAGAUGGCGGUAAAAUGUUUGCCCCUGAAUUCACCGACGCUGAGUUUAGACAGCUCGCAUCCCAAUUACCGAACCUCAGAAAUCUGUGGUUCGAGGUCGAGUGCGACUUGACCACUACCUCGCUGGCAUUCUUGUCAAACCAAUGCCGGGCGAUCGAGCAGAUUGACCUACCACAACAGUUCAACUGGGACGAGUUCUUGUCUCUGGCGGAUCCUAACUCUGCCCUUUUUCCAAAAUUGACAAAGCUGAUACUCGGCGGAAUGACAUCUAAUGACCGAACGUGA